AGAAUAUUGAAAUAAAAAAAAAAAAACAAUUACGAUGGGCAAGGGAGGAGGUAAUGGGAAUUUCGAAAAUUACACUGCCCAGGAACACCGUACACGACCCCAUAGUUCGUCUCUGUAAACACCAAAACAAACCCUAAUUCGUGAUCUUUCGCAAUUCUUUGUUCCCUUCUCAUCCACCACUAUCUUACGAAGUCAAAAUCACAUCUUUUCUGCAAUUCCCAAAUAUCAGUUACGAUUAGGCAAACAAAUUUCAAAUUUUGCCUUCUACCCCCCACCCCCACACUGUUCUGUCUUGCAUCUCGGUUGGUUGUUUUCCUUUUCAGAUCAGGUUCAGAUUUUUCUUCUGCCCCAGCUUUGGAGGAUCCCUCAGCUUCCCUGAGCGCUGGAUUUUCAGAGAUCUGGUUAUCAUUACUCUGGUUUGUGGAUAACAUAUGCUUCCAUCAACGGUUGGAAUUUGGAUGAUUUGGCAUUUGUUGGGAGGGAAAAUGGAGUAACUGGAUGGUUAAGUGUAAAGUUGUAAACAUUUGUAAGAUAGCGGCAUAAAAUUAUGGGCAGCAGUGAGAUGGAUAAAACACCAAAAGAGAAGGAGUCAAAGACUCCUCCACCUGCUUCACAGGAGCAAUCUUCAGCCACCAGUACCGGAGCCGUUAAUCCCGAAUGGUCCAGUUUUCAGGCAUAUUCUCCUAUACCUCCACAUGGGUUUAUGGCAUCAAGUCCCCAAGCCGCCCCAUAUAUGUGGGGUGUCCAGCAUAUUAUGCCUCCCUACGGCACUCCAACACAUCCCUAUGUUGCAAUGUAUCCCCAUGGUGGCAUAUAUGCUCAUCCAUCCAUGCCUCCGGGAUCUUAUCCUUUUAGCCCUUUUCCCAUGCCUUCUCCAAACGGUAUUGCUGAGGCUUCAGGAAAUACUCCUGGCAGCAUGGAAGCUGAUGGAAAGCCUCCUGAGGUGAAGGAAAAACUGCCAAUCAAAAGAUCAAAAGGAAGUUUGGGCAGUUUGAACAUGAUUACAGGGAAAAAUAAUGAGCCCGGUAAAACAGGGACUUCUGCUAAUGGAAUUCAUUCAAAGAGUGGUGAGAGUGCAAGUGAAGGUAGCAGUGAAGGAAGUGAUGCUAAUUCUCAGAAUGAAUCUCAAUUGAAAUCAGGGGGAAGACAGGAUUCUUAUGAAGAUGAACCAUCUCAAAAUGGCAGUUCGGCGCAUGCUCCUCAAAAUGGGGGGAUUAAUACACCUCAUGCGGUUGUUAAUCAAACCAUGUCUGUCAUACCUAUCACUGCAGCCGGUGUUCCUGGAGCUGUUCCUGGUCCCACAACAAACUUGAAUAUAGGAAUGGAUUAUUGGGGCACACCGACAGCAUCCAACAUUCCUGCUCUUCGUGGAAAGGUUCCGUCUACUGCAGUUGCUGGAGGGAUGGUUGCUGCUGGAUCACGAGAUAGUGUUCAGUCGCAACUUUGGCUACAGGAUGAAAGAGAGCUUAAAAGACAAAGGAGGAAGCAGUCUAACAGGGAAUCUGCUCGAAGAUCCAGAUUGCGCAAGCAGGCUGAGUGUGAUGAGCUAGCUCAGCGUGCUGAGGCUUUGAAAGAAGAAAAUGCUUCUCUGCGGUCAGAAGUUAGUCGGAUCAGAAGUGAGUAUGAGCAGCUAGCCUCUGAGAAUGCAGCUCUCAAGGAGAGACUUGGCGAACUACCUGGGACUGAUGAUCUUAGGUCCAGAACAAUGAAUGAUCAGCCUGCGGCUGAUGACCCUCAACAGAGCGGACAGGCAGAGGCCGUGGAGGGUGGCAAUUAGGAACAAUAUAUACUUGCCGCCACAUGUGGCAUUUGCAGGAAGAUAACCUAACACUAAUAGCCAAGAGCGAGUCCUUGUUUUGGAAUAGCUUGUAGCUCAAAUUGUACUAAAGCUGACCCAUGUUAUAGUCUCUUAGGUUCUGUUUAUGUUAUAUGAUCCCUCAUUCCUAAUUUGGCAAUUUUUUCCUGAAAACUACUUGGUUUGUGUGUAGACUGUAGAGAGUGAAUUCUAUUUAACUUAUCUGCAGCUUAAAAGCUAGUGUUUCGGGUUAAAGUUAUAUGUAGUUGUUAAUGAAACUUAGUCUUGUCCAUCAUAUGACUUGCUGUACAAAAAAUUCAUUGGGGGAAAAGUGAACCGCUCUGAUUCCUGCUCCAUUACCAUAUCUUUUAUAUGGUUCAUUUGUUUGGUGGUGUCAGCAUAGGAAAUGAACUAAUCUGUUAAAACAACUUUUUUGCCGUUGGCUGAUCCUAAAAAUCAUAACAGAUGCAACGUCUCUCUUUGCUUCUGCUACUUCCGUCUUGAUUUUUAUUUGGAUCCUUACCUUUAUGCUGAGAGAGAUUUCCUCAGGAUCUUGCCAUGGAAAAUUCUAGCUGGCCUCUUUGCGCUCUUUUUGUCCGUUGUAUCCAUGAUGG